AUGCACAUUCAUGAUUUUCCUGAUACAACACUGCUUGUAAUAUUCAGCUUCCUCUGCGAGGCAGACUUGUGUCGAGUCGCGCGGACGUGCAGAGGUUGGAGAGCUAUUGCUUACGACAGCUCUUUGUGGAGAUGUGUAAAUCUUAAACGUUUCCACAAGCUUAACGAAUUCAGCCUCAUCAAGCUCAUUCAAAGUCGAAUGGUACCGAUGCUCUUCAAGAUCAACCUUGGAGGUUUCACUCUGUCUCCGAGAGUUUUCCAAGUUCUGGCCAUGCACUGCAAACAACUAAGAGUGCUAUGUUUAGGAUCUGUGUCCUUUGAAGAAGAUUUCACGGUCAGCGACGAGUCCUUUCCAGGGAAUUUAACAAAGCUAGAUAUUCGGCACAGCUCGGGACAUCCAACUGCAUUCAAAGUUAUCACCCAGAACGUGCAGCAAGUGCAGUGCCUAGGCCUCAGCGAUUCUAUUUUUGGAGUUAUCGAUACUGAAGGCGAGAAACUAAGAUUCUUCGCUUCUUUGAAGGAAGUUAGAAUAUUAGAGUUUAGUUACUGUAAUUCACUGACAGAUACAAUAGUCCAGUUUAUCGCGGAAAAUUGUCCGAAUCUUCGAUCACUGUGUCUCCGGAGAUGCCACAAUAUUCGAGGAGAAAGUCUGUCGAAGUUAAUCGAUUGCUGCUCGUCGCUGACAUCGUUAGUACUCGACGGUACGAGCGUCUCCGACAAUGAAGUUCAGGCGGUUUCCUGGGAGAAUUCGAUGAUAACCGAAGUAGAUCUGUCGUGGUGUCGGCAUCUGAGCAAAGUUGGUCUUAAAUCGAUACUGACUCGUUGCCGCCUCCUGCGAUUCGUGCGGUUGUGCUGCUGUGGUUAUGGCCACGCAAUCACCGAUGAGGUACUUCACGCAAUGACUGAGUGUCGCUACCGUUCACUUCAAGUCUUAGAUUUGAGCUACAGCAGCGAAGUCACAAACUGUGCCCUUGGAAGGUUUGUAGCUAGCUGUUCUUCGUUGCAAUAUUUGAGGGUAUACCACUGUCAGAAGAUUACAUCCACACUGGUAAACCUCAUUCCCAGCGCGUCAAACGUUUUUGUGGUUGCGAACUUUCAGUUGCAAAGAGGAGGUCUCGCAACAAGCGCUACCUCGGAGGGGCCCUCGACACUUUUGUCAGCGACGCCAGUAAACUACUCGCGAAGAGAAAGCCUAGACAUGAGUCUGCGGCAGGACUGA